CACUCUUUUCUCCCUUACUAGUAAACCACCACACACACAUAUAUACACACACUCUCUCUCUCUCUCAUACAAUUUACACACAGAUUCACCAUGGAAGUAGAGCUCAUGGCACAAUUCACUGAACACACGAGUCGAGAUCGAGCUCAAAACAUCAUCAAACGAAAGCGUACGAAGCGUCAAAGGCCCUGGUAUACCACUUCCGGCAAUACAACUCAUGAAGACUACUGUUCGAUUGAUAAUUCUACACCUGAUCGCUGCCAGUCAAUGGUUAUGUCAUCCGAAGAAGACGAAGAUAUGGCGAAUUGUCUAAUUAUGCUAGCUCAAAGUCAUGUUUCUCCGGCUGAAAACAAAUCCGAUCCGAUUCAUCAUAAAACAACAGAGAAGAUGAUCACAACUAUCACAGAUGUUUACGAGUGCAAAACGUGUAACCGUACGUUUCCGUCGUUUCAAGCGUUAGGCGGACACAGAGCAAGUCACAAGAAGCUAAAACUUAACGUGGAAGACAAGAAAUCUACUUCAAUGAAUAACCCUUCUCACGAAGAUAACGAUCAACAGAAAACGGUUACAGAAGACAGAGAAAACACGGUAUAUGAUAUAAUUUACAACAAUAACGACGAGAAGUUUCCCUUGCCAACGAUAGGUUACGUCCAAACUGGUAACAACAAAAUAAAAGUACAUGAAUGUUCAAUAUGCGGAUCGGAGUUUUCAUCCGGUCAAGCUCUUGGUGGACACAUGAGAAAACACCGGCCGGUUCCGGUUUCUGUUAACCGGGUAACGGAAUCUGUAACGGAAAAGUCACCGGGAGGUAGUACGAGUUGUAAGUUAUCGUUAGAUCUUAACUUUCCGCCACCGGAAGUGGUAGACGACGUCGUUCAAUCGAAGUUUCAAUUGGGUUCUUCACAACAACAUUUGGUGUUUUCUGCUCCUGCUUUGGUAGAUUGCCAUUACUGAAAUAAAGAAUGAAGAAAAACAGGUCUACAUAUUAAUGUGAAAUAUUACAUUUUCAAUUGUUAUUAUUAUUAUUAUUAUUAUUAUUAUUAUUAUUAUUAUUAUAUUAAAUAUUCAUUGAUGAUUAAUUAAGCAAAACUGAUUUUUCUUA